AAGGAACUAGAAGAGUUUGACUAAUUGUAAGUGGAUACUUUUUUUUUUUAUCUCUCCAAGUGUGUAAAUACGUUGCCAAUAAUUCUUUUUUAACCUAAAAAAAAAAAGUGAGAAGUUGGUACGUGCCAUCGUCCGUGCCUCCUCUCGGCAGAUUGUGGCAACUGCUCCAGCCUCCUCUCUUUGGCUGAUUUUUCUAAUCUUGUUAGUGUGAAGACACGUGCGCGCCGCUCGAACGCGUCUGACUGUGUUACCUCGACGACGAGUCAUCUUUACUUGGGCUUCACCAAUCUGGUUUGGCCUAAUAAGAUUUUCGGCGAGCGAAGCUUGAUAAAGAGCCGAGUCACAGUCAGGGACGUUAAACAAAUUCAAACCUUCGGCACCGGCUGUUCGUGUGUGGGAAGUAACAGAAUAGAGAGCAUUAGCAGCAGACGAUUUCCUCUUCACCUUCGGCGAAGUUCAUGGCGGUUGGUAGUGACUUGAGUGUGUGACACAGUGCAUCGUUUAUAUAUAUAUAUAUAUGUUCAAAUAUAUAUAUACAUAUUGAUAAUCAUUGGUGCGUGUGGAUCACGGAAUAUAGCAGCAAAAGAGAAAAACGGUGGUCUAUGUGUUUGUGUGCAAGUGAGAGAGAAAGAGAGAAAGUGACAGACAGAAGAGAGAGCGCGCGCGGUGGGUUACCACACCCAACCGCGCCGGGAGUCGAGUGAACGAAGGCGUACGAGUAAAAGCGUGUGUGUGCAGGGUGAGGGACCCAAGGACCACCAGGGUGGUCGACGGGUCACCGGAAUUAACGUCCUGGUCAUCCUAAUAAAAGUGUCUAAAGAAAAAGGUGCGCCGGCGAUUUUAGAGGAAACGCGUGUGUGACCGGUUCGCGUAUAUUCUGCUCCGAGUACAGUGUGUCGGUGUGUCGCUGGCGUCAUUCAGCCCUGUCAGGAGUGUUCCGCCGCAUGUGUGAGGAAAAAAUAAAAAAAAGGUGUUUCAGGAAAAAUAGGUUUUAAAGGUCCAAGUCAACAUUAACGGGAAUCAAGAAAAUAAUUGUCAAAAAGAAAAAUAGUAAAAUUCGACGAUCAUUGGGGGAUCAAAUAAAGAUAAAAAAAAAAAAAUCAGGAAUUAUAGGAACGGCGGGUUCUAAGGUCAGUGGCAGUGGCUAUAAAGCCAGCAAAACGGCGACAAAAAGGCGAGACAAAAAAUUGGUGUUUUUCACAUUGACAAGAUAAUAUACGUCGAAGCGACCGCGACGACGUCGACGACGACGAUCAAGAGUGCCCGCUGGCUGUCGCGCUCGGGCGGCCUACUCUGUCGCUCCCUCCCCCCUCAUACACCCUCCUCCCGUCGAGGAGGAUCCCACUGCCCUGAAUCAUGGCGUGUUGCCUGUCGGAAGAGGCCAAGGAACAGAAACGAAUCAACCAGGAGAUUGAACGUCAACUCAGGAGGGAUAAACGUGAUGCCAGGCGGGAACUUAAGCUCCUCUUACUUGGUACUGGUGAAUCGGGCAAAUCAACGUUUAUCAAACAGAUGAGAAUUAUCCACGGUUCCGGAUACUCGGACGAAGAUAAGCGAGGGUUCAUCAAAUUGGUCUUUCAAAAUAUUUUCAUGGCAAUGCAGUCAAUGAUUCGUGCCAUGGACCUCUUGAAAAUCCAAUACGGCGAUUCUUCGAAUAUAGAAAAGGCAGAGCUCGUUCGCGCUGUAGACUUUGAAACGGUAACGACAUUUGAAAGCCCAUAUGUAGAAGCUAUUAAGGAUUUAUGGGCAGAUGCCGGUAUUCAAGAAUGUUACGACCGUAGACGAGAGUACCAACUUACAGACUCGGCUAAAUAUUAUCUAAUGGAGAUAGAUCGAGUUGCAGCACCAAGUUACCUCCCCACAGAACAGGACAUUCUUCGCGUAAGAGUGCCCACUACCGGUAUAAUUGAAUAUCCCUUUGACUUGGAAGAAAUUCGAUUUAGUUAUAUUAGUGACCUAGCACGUAUCGAGGCGCCUGAUUACCUGCCUACCGAGCAAGACAUUCUUCGUGCUCGAGCCCCCACUACAGGCAUUAUAGAAUAUCCAUUUGAUCUGGACUCCAUCAUAUUUAGGAUGGUUGACGUCGGUGGACAGAGAUCAGAAAGAAGAAAAUGGAUCCACUGUUUCGAAAAUGUGACUUCCAUUAUAUUUUUAGUAGCGUUAAGUGAAUACGAUCAAAUUUUGUUUGAAUCUGAAAACGAGAAUCGAAUGGAAGAAAGUAAGGCAUUAUUCAAAACAAUUAUAACAUAUCCCUGGUUUCAACAUUCUUCCGUAAUUCUCUUCUUAAACAAAAAGGAUCUGCUUGAAGAAAAAAUAAUGUAUUCCCAUCUUGUCGACUAUUUCCCUGAAUAUGAUGGACCACAAAGAGACGCAACAGCAGCUAGAGAAUUCAUACUCAGGAUGUUUGUUGACUUAAAUCCAGAUAGUGAAAAGAUUAUUUAUUCCCACUUCACAUGCGCCACAGAUACGGAAAACAUAAGAUUUGUGUUUGCGGCCGUGAAGGAUACAAUCUUGCAAUCAAAUUUAAAGGAAUACAAUUUGGUUUAGAAAUUGUUCUAUUAAAGAAUUCGAAAUGGAUUCGACUGUUUUUUCUGUAAGCCUGAGACCAGAGCACGGAGCUUGUGGACUUUGUUUAAACAAGAAAGAGAAAAGAAAGAAAGUUGAAAAUACUGGGAACGAAGAAAACAAAGUACCGAAGGGGGAAUCACGUGGGAAACAAAUAACUGCUCGUGUUGAUUGUUCGACGGCGAAUUAAGUCAUCUCAACACGAGUGCACCAAAACUUUUUAGGUAGAUAGGUAUGUGCGAUGGAAAUUCCAGCGACAAAAAACAAAAACAAAAAAAAAAAAAAAAACAUAGACCUAAAAAAUCUUGAGCGUUAUACGUUCUUUCCUAAAACAAAAAAAAAAAACCUUUUUCAUUGUCGAUACCAACAAACUGAUUUAGUUUCAUACUCUAUUUGUUGAAUUUGUUACCUUUUUAUAGCUUAGCCUAGUCGAUUCGAACUCGGCUGACUGUGAAAUCGCCUGAUUUUUAUAAUAACGAUAUAAAGUAAAAAAAAUGAAAAAGCAAAAAAAUAUAAACGAAAAGCAAAAAAACAAAAAAAAAAAUACAAAUUUAAAAAAAAAAACAAAAAAUCACGAACAAGUAAACUUUUACGAAGCACAAGCGUGGUUUUUGUCACGCCGGUGCCCCAUGUCUGUCCAAAAUGUGUGUUUCAAAGACGAACGAUCUCAACGACGAGAACAUUUCCAAGUGAAACGUAUAUAAGAAAAAAAAAAGGAGAACAAAAGCUUUUUAAUUCACAAGUAGUCGGAGACACAAGUGAGAGCAAUUCUAGUGCCAUUUACUAGUGUGGUGUUUUUAUUGCAGUCCUUUGUUAGAUGCAAAAAGCCAAAGUGUUUUUUUAAUCUGUGCCAGAAAUGACUAAGAGUUCUUUCUGCAUGUGACUCAAAUUCACGAUUCAUCGUAUAAAUAUUGUUAUAUAUAAUAUAUAAAGAAUGAAAACAAAAAAAAAAAAAAAUUUGAAACCUAGAAUAGCGUCGAAGAAGUACGUCGGCAAAAAAAAAAUGAUAAAAAUGCAAAAAAAAAUGAAAGAAAAGAAAAAUAAGAAAAACGCUCCUCAGACCCGUCUUUUACAAUACAGCAAGAAAAAAAAAAUAUUAGGAAACAACAUCUGUUUUUGAUGUAAGUUUUUUAGGUAAAAAAAAAAAUAUAAAUUAUCAGGAGGCGGGAGUAAGCAGGCUUCCCUGCCUCUUUCACCUCCGAAGCCAGUGCACGGAAUGCGAGGGCUUCAAAACAUUUUCCAUUUUUUCUUUUAUUAUAAUUUUUAUUAGGUGUUUCCAUAUAGCGAAAACAAAUUCAGUCCAUCUUCAAUAAUUACUAGAAAAAAAAUUCGAAUUUACAUUCUCUACGAAUUAUCAUUUUUCAAAAUGUUUUUUUUUUUUUCUUUAAAACUAUUUUACAGAGAAUUUUCUUCAUCAAAUUGUUUUUCUUUUUACAAGAAGAAAUUGCUUCCGAAAAUUGUUUUUACAUAAAAAGGCUUCCAAAUCAGGAAAUAAUUCCCGAAAAUCACUUUUAUAGCUGAAUAUAUUCUAAAAUCAUUUUUUUACACGAAAAAAAAAUAGCUUCAGAAGAGAUAAUUUUUUAUAGAAAAAUACGAUCCGAAAAUUAUUUUGUGGGAUAUAUAGGAAAAAUGUUCAAUAACAUUGUUAGAUUAUCUAGAAAAUCGAUUUUUCGUUUUUUUUUCUCAAAAAAUUCCUUUUACAGGAAAUUCCAAAUUUCUUCCAAAUAUCGUUUUAGGCAAAUUUUCCAAAAAAAAAAAAAAUUUUCCUUGCUCGAAAAAGGAAAUUUACUAUCCAAACACUAUUUUCAUCUUCCUUUAAUCUGCUUGCAAAAAAUUCGUCUUCUUAAUUCUAAAUUAGCUAUUUUUUUUACAUAGAAAAUUUUGUGGGUUUAUUCCAUGAUUUUCUUUAAAAAAAAAAAAAAAAAAAUUUACUAAAUGUUUCCUGGUUCUUUUUCUUUUCUUUUUCUUUUUUCUAGAAGAAAAAGUUCGUUCCGUUUCUCAUGUUUAUUGACAUUACUAAAACAGUACGAACUUUUACAUUAAACACGAUAUUUAUUUAAUUUAGGAUUUUCUUAUACUUUCAAAGAAAAGAAGAAAGAAAGAAAAACCUGGACGCCCAUUUAGUUUAGAAAGGAAAGAAAAACGCGGAAAAGGUAGACUGAUUAAAUACUGAAGUUAAUCGAUUUUUUCUUUGCAAUGUGAUACUAGUUAUUGGGAGCAUCUUAAACGUCCCAGAGAAGACGAGUCUGCAAGGCGUGAACAAAAUUGUGAAAAUCAAAAAAAAAAAAAAAAAAAAAAUUUCCGACUAUUUUAUUCAUAAAAACAAAAAAAUAUACGUCGCUUUGUGGUGCAUUUUUUUUUUUUUUUUUUUUUUCUACGUAAAACGCGAGAGUGAAUUUGAAAUCAUCUUUGCGUAUUGCCUUAAAAAUUUGAUUUUUUUUCGAAGAAAAAAAACUUGUUUUUUACUUUUUCUUCCAUUUUACGAUAACUGAAUAAAAAAAAAAUUUUAUUUCAAUGUUGCGGUUUUUUUAGGACAGAAAAUAAAAAUUUCUUAAAUGAUAGAAAUGUUUUUUUAGAGAUAUAAUCUUUUUUUUUUUUUGUAAAAAAAAUUUGAAAUGAGUGAUAUUUAAAAAAAUAAUUUUUAGUUUUGCUUCUAUAGCAAUAAAAAUGUGCAUUUUUAGUUUAAUAUUCUUCAAAGGAAAAAAAAAAUUGGAAUUUUAUAUUUAUUUUCGCUUUGUUUCUAACUUUUUUUUUUUAACAUUAUUUCUUUUAGAUUUUUUAAUCAUUUUUUUUUUCGUCAAUUUAUAGUUUAAGUUUAUCGCGAAAGGCAGCUUUUAUUUUUUUUCCCCCUUGGAAAUGCGUGAUUUUUCUUUUAAGUUAAAUUUGAAAAAAAAGUGUGUAUAUUAGUUUUUUUUUUUUCGUUUCACCUGAAUAAUCACUUUGUGUGAUUUCUCCAUAAAAAAUUGGAAUUGAAAAAGAAAGAAAGAAAAAAAAACGCAAUGACAGGAAUUGAAACUGUAUAAUUUAGACAGAUUGAAAAUAAAAAUAUUUAUUUAUAGAAUUUUUGCGUGUCUACGCAACAAAUCCAGUGAAAAUGUAUACUAAAUAAGAGAAAUGUUUUUUGUGGUAAUUAUUUAAAAAUAUAUAAAUAUAUAUAUAUAUAUAUACAAAUAAAAAUAGAAUUAGUUUUGUUUCUAUCGUAUAUACAAAAAAAAGGACUUUUGUACGGUUGUGUUCAAGAAAAUAAUGACGAUUGGAAAGAUUUCAAAUUCACAAUCGUUAAAAUGGCAUUUAAAAAAAAAAAAAAAAAGAAUAAAA